CAGUAGGUAACAUCUGUCUCUGUGUAAACCUUGGACAACAGGUAACAUCUGUCUCUGUGUAAACCUUGGACAACAGGUAACAUCUGUCUAUGUGUAAACCUUGGACAGUAGGUAACAUCUGUCUCUGUGUAAACCUAGGACAACAGGUAACACCUGUCUCUGUGUAAACCUAGGACAGUAGGUAAAACAUGUCUCUGUGUAAACCUUGGACAGUACGUAACACAUGUCUCUGAGUAAACCUUGGACAACAGGUAACAUCUGUCUCUGUGUAAACCUUGGACAACAGGUAACACCUGUCUCUGUGUAAACCUUGGACAACAGGUAACAUCUGUCUUUGUGUAAACCUUGGACAACAGGUAACAUCUGUCUCUGUGUAAACCUUGGACAACAGGUAACAUCUGUCUCUGUGUAAACCUAGGACACCAGGUAAUGACUGUUGCCUUGGUAUUCUCCUGUGUUGUGCCUUUGUUGCUCCUAGUCAGGGUGUUACACUGUAAACGGUCUUAGGUGAUCUGGUCAAGGUGUUACACUGUAAACUGUCCUCAGGGAGGUGGUCAAGGUGCUACACUGUAAACUGUCCUCAGGGAGCUGGUGAAGUGUUGAACUGUUCCUCAGGAACCUAGUAACAUGUUUAGCUUGUUCACUGGGGGUCAAAGACUUGCCAGCGUUCGAAACCCACAGUCCACUGGAAAUGUGUACGGAAGGUAAAGUCUAAUAUCGCAACCAAACAUUUUUUAUGUCAUUUGGAUUUGCCCUGAAUCAAACCUAGGAUAUCCUGUUAAAAAAGCAGUCACCUGAGAGAGCCGCAAACAUAUUUCAAAUGUCUCUAAAAGUCUGCUUUUGUUGUGCCAAGAACUCACCACUGACAUUUGAGGACUUUUGUGGCUUGGAAAAGAAACUUGGAUUUGAGGGGAAACUGCUGGUCACAGUCUCCCACUUGUGAGAGACACUGAGUGAGUAUUAUUUACACAGUGCAUGGCUACUGUAGCUCAUAAAUGUGUUCCAAGGCCCUGUAGCAAAGGAAACAUAGAUAUAAAAGGGUGGAGGAACAUAUUCUGACUGAUAGGAAGUGAAUGGAUUGGAAUUGUGUACCAUUAUCUGAAUCAAUAGUCUAAGGAGUUCCUCCUCUGUUUCAAUCUGCCUUGUGUAUUUUCCAUGACCAAACCACUGGGAAGUGAAGAUCAUGGAACGUAAGAAACAGCAUGUUAUUCUUUUCUCUGCUGGUUGCAUGUAAGAUACGUGUUAGAAACGUAGACCCCGUUUGACUGUACUGUACUGUGGAUCUACCCCUGGACUCUGUAUUGUCAUAUUGCACUUUAGUGAAUGUGGGGAGUAUAUAUCCUCCUUACUACUACCCCAUUGUAUCCCCAGCUCUCAUCCUUUCAAGCUUCUCAGUUCCUGUAGCCUGCUCAAUGUGUUUCCCUUGUGCUGUUUCAAACUGUCAGCAAAACUCCUGCUUCCUCGUAAGAUGGCCACAGACUAUGGGUCCCUCCUGUUGAUACCCUGGACACGUGUGUAACCUCCCUCUUCAGCCCAAAGGAGUGUAAGUACUACAGGGACUAUACAGUAUUACUGCGAGACUGUCUAUCUGCUGCUGUGGAAUACGUUUCUGACCAGAGGAGUAUAUACAGCAACAACUUGACCACUGAGUUUCCUUCAAGAGAAUGGAAGGAAGACUGUGAAUCAGGACACUGUAGAGCUGUGAGUAACCCUGACUGUUAAUAAAAAGUUAGUGGAACAAUGAUCCGGGAAGUGAGGGAAGUCAUCUACUGCUGGAUACAGUUUUUCCUCAUGGAUUUACCUUUACCACAUCAGAUGGAUUACUUUUCACCAUAGAAACAGUGGAACUGGAAACAAGUACAGAACACCAGGUUCUUAUCAAUACCUAGGUGGUCAUAAACUCACAAAGCACAUAGGAGUUGAGACUACAGCUUCAUCAGUGUAAGACAGGUUCUUAUUAAUACCUAGGUGGUCAUAAACUCACAAAGCACAUAGGAGUUGAGACUACAGCUUCAUCAGUGUAAGACAGGUUCUUAUUAAUACCUAGGUGGUCAUAAACUCACAAAGCACAUAGGAGUUGAGACUACAGCUUCAUCAGUGUAAGACAUUGUACUUAGCACCAUGGGAGCGGCGCGUGUUAAGCGACGUUUCAGUGCGGUGGUUGACGGGCUGGUAGACGAGGAGGAAGUCAUUAAGCUGGCUCUGAGUGUUGCUGACACGGCCAGGGUGGGGGGGAGCACGGGAGGCUCAGGGAGCCCCACCAGUCUCUCUCCCACACACAACCGAAAUGGCAAAGCACUCCCCCUGCAGGGCAACGGCAGCAAUGCACGGAGGCCCAGCGGAGCCCUGGAGGCAGGAGGAGGGGAAGGAUCGAUGAAAGGAGGAGGGCGCUCAGGACUGAGGGGCGGGAGGUGCGGAAGUCUGGGGAGAAGGGGGGAAGGCUGUUCGUCCUCGGACCGAGAUUCAACACUGUCGUCCCCUUCCUCCUCAAGCCGCCGGCCCACCCGGCGCUCUAGACUCCGGCCCCGCCACCGCUUUGUGGGCAAGGACGGGCGCUGCAACGUCACCUUCGUCAACAUGAGCGAGAGGGGCCAGCGUUACCUCAGCGACCUCUUCACCACCUGCGUGGACAUCCGCUGGCGUUGGAUGCUAGUCAUCUUCUGCCUCUCCUUCCUCCUCUCCUGGCUGCUCUUUGGCUUCGUCUUCUGGCUCAUUGCCGCCGCGCACGGGGACUUCGCCAUCCGCCUCAACCCCAGCUCGGGUGCCUCUUCCGGGGGAGGAGAUGAGUCCGGAGCAGGGGCGGUGGUGGAAGUGGAGGAAACGUGUUUCGUUCAGGUGAACAGCUUUAUGGCGGCCUUCCUGUUCUCCCUGGAGACGCAGACAUCCAUUGGUUACGGCUUCCGCAGCGUGACCGAGGCCUGCCCCCUGGCGGUGAUGGCGGUCGUCUUGCAGUGCAUUGUGGGCUGCAUCAUCGACGCCUUCAUCAUCGGAGCGGUCAUGGCGAAGAUCGCUAAGCCCAAGAAGCGUAACGAGACGCUGUUGUUCUCUGACACGGCAGUGGUGGCGCUGAGAGACGGGAAACUCUGCAUGAUGUGGAGGGUGGGGAACCUACGCAAGAGCCACCUGGUAGAGGCACACGUACGUGCACAGCUAAUGAAGCCGAGGGUGACCCCAGAGGGAGAGUUCCUCCCGCUGGACAACGAGGACAUCAACGUAGGAUUCGACACGGGAACCGACCGCAUCUUCCUGGUUUCCCCGGUAACCAUCGUCCACGAGAUCGACGAUGAGUCGCCGUUUUUCGAGAUGGACCGUCGGACUCUGGAGGGCGACGCGGAGCUGGAGGUGGUGGUCAUUCUGGAGGGUAUGGUGGAGGCCACAGCCAUGACCACACAGUGUCGCAGCUCCUACCUCGCCUCCGAGAUCCUCUGGGGUCACCGCUUCGAACCUGUGCUCUUCGAGAGGAAGAACUGUUACCAGGUGGACUACUCGUUCUUCCACCGGACCUAUGAGAUUCCCAGCACACCCUCUUGCAGCGCUAAAGAGUUGGCCGAGCAGAAGUACAUCCAGGGCUCACGCUCCUCCUUCUGCUACGAGAACGAAGUAGCCCUGCAGCUCGUCUCCCCUGACAAUGACCCUGAGGGCAACCCUGGCGGCUGCCCCUCCUCCCUGACCCACCGAUCCUCCCUCUCACAACCCACCCACACUAACUAGGGAGGCGACAGGCAGAGGGGACAGGAAGUGACUUAGGAUCCACAGGAAGUCAGGGACAGACAGAGGGAGAGAGAGGCAGAAAGAGAGACAGGCUUCAUAGGGAAAGAGACCAACGUAGAGAAAGGUAAGUAGAAGAUUUAGGGAAAAGGACAACAUUGAGAGACUGAAGUUGUGAGAGGUGUAGAAAGACAAACAGAAGACACCACAAAGACGCAGAGAGACAGAGAUACUGUAUACUGUCAAACAGAGAGAGAAAAGGACAGACAGAUAGGACAGAACAGGAGAGAGAGGGAUAGAAAGAGAGAGAGAAUUGUCUUUGAAAGGGGUAGAUGGGCUGCUGCUACUCUAACUGUGUUGGCUGAUUUGGACAUAGCGAUCUUUCAGAAUCAUUAUGAACCCGUCUGUCUCAGACCCGUCCCGUCAACCAACCGCUACAUUCACCACUGGCUCCAGCACCUAGCUGACCACACAUACAACACUGACCCCUAUUGGCUUCAGUCUGUACCUGCAGCUCCUGUUCAGUUACAACUCACACUGGACACAUGGGAGUAAGGUGAAGUUGCCCCAUAGACACUGAGCUAUGAUCAGUUUAGUGUUUCUGCCCCCUAAUGGUGAAGGUUAGGUUUUGGAGAGGCUAAGCUGAUCCUAGAUCUGUGCCUACGGAUAACUUCUACACCAAACCUGUUGAUGUUGAAUACUGUGUGAGAGAAUGAGGUAAAACGGUGUAUAUCUACACAUUGAGGGAUGUUUGUUAUGAACUGAAUGAGAAGGCAUUAUUGAUAUGUUUUUGAUUCUGCUGAUUUGUGUUCUGUCAAGGUUUGAGCAGGUCUGUUGUGUUAGACUGAUAUGUAGCAAAAUGGAUACAGAGAAACAGCUGAAAAUAAGCAGCGGUUUUAAGCUGUUUCUUUGACUUGUACUGUAUGUUGUUAUUCUGUAUUUAUAAUGCAAGACUAUUAUAUAUUUGCUUUAUUUAAUCAAACAUGUUGCUUGUUCAACUGGGUGCAGUGUCAGCACAAAACCAUAUGAGUGCAUCGUCUGGUAACAUGUGAUUUGAAGGUCUACUUCUAAACUUAUGAUUGAUUGUUUAAUAUGGUUAACUAUGGUUAACAAACAAAGGUUUAUAAGUACUUUGUAUGCAGAACUUUGAUGAAAAUGUUACCUUGUGUUAUUUAAAAAUUCUACAGUACCCAGCUGAAGGGACAAUCUUAUGUUAAUGUUUACCUCUGUCUUGAAUAUGAGAUUCUCUCACCUGAGAUUCUGUGUUCCUCAAACAUUUAACUUUGUAUGAUUUUCCUCAGUAUUUUCCUUAUUUAGUUCAUUUGCUGAAUACUGUAUAUUUGGUAGAAUUUGAAGGGGGAAAUGGAGGGAUGUUAAAGGUAGACUCAGCGAUAUGACGUAGAUGCAGAAAGUAAACAGCAUAGUGGGUCAAUUUCCACAACAACUAAGAGUGUUGAAGUGUGAGGCUCAACUCCUCCGCUGUUUAAAUACAUAGUGAGGGUGUUCCAUACCGGUAAAACAUGAGCCUAUCACAAUAAUGGAAACAAAAUGUUGCCGAGGCUGAGAUGGAUGGCUGACACUGAGACGCGCGCGGACAGUAGUGGACGCAUACAUUCUGGCCUAAUGACAAUCACCAAAAUGUCAUUACACUUGUUGGUGUUUUGUGUAACAGAGGUCUCUUUCCAUCCACCACUGUUUGGGGGCUGGAUACAUGUUGAGACUGGAUGAACAUGUAAAGGAGCCCUUUGAAGUGAUAGUUUGGCAAUCAGAUGAAAACAUCAUGACUGGUGGUUUGUGCCACAGUAGAAGGUAAUACAUUUUAAAAGUUAAAUAACACAUCUUUAGUACGAGGCCCACAGAGAUCCUAAUGAAUGAAUAGAGAUUCUAUAUGGAAUGAAUAGAGAUUCUAUAUGUAAUGAAUGAAUAGAGAUUCUAUAUGUAAUGA